UCAGGUCCGGACCCAAACCGAAAUUAGGGUUAGAGGGUUAUAGUGGGAUUGUUGAUACUGAGGAGCUCUUUCUGAAGUUGGUGUGCGGGUGGCGAGCUCGAUCGUUCGCCAUGUCGAAGCGCGGUAGAGGUGGUUCCUCCGGGAACAAGUUUCGCAUGUCACUCGGUCUGCCCGUGGGCGCCGUGGUGAAUUGUGCCGACAAUACUGGAGCCAAGAAUCUGUAUGUUAUCUCCGUGAAAGGAGUCAAGGGGCGUCUGAAUAGAUUGCCUGCUGCUGCUGUUGGCGACAUGGUUAUGGCCACUGUCAAGAAGGGGAAGCCCGAUUUGCGUAAGAAGGUCAUGCCUGCUGUCAUUGUGCGACAGCGCAAGCCGUGGAGGCGUAAAGAUGGUGUCUUUAUGUACUUCGAAGACAAUGCUGGUGUUAUUGUAAACCCCAAGGGAGAAAUGAAAGGUUCUGCUAUCACUGGUCCUAUUGGGAAGGAGUGCGCCGAUUUGUGGCCUAGGAUUGCUAGUGCUGCCAAUGCCAUUGUCUGAGGGCAAUAGUUGUAAUAUUUUUGCCCCAGUAAAGAUGAUGAAUUGCUUCUUACCAGCUACAUUAGCGUGUUUCGUACCUUGCUGCAUUUCACAUUGGAUAUUUUCCGUAUGCUCCAACUCGCUGUAUGCUGAGCUGGGCUUUUGAUA